UUUUGUUAGUAUUUUCUUAUUCAUUUGUCAACUAACUAAGGGAAUAUCAAUGCAAGCCUUGAGCCAGCUCAUGCCAACAAAGCCUCACUCAAAUUAACUUAUUAAUAAUAAUAUUCCUCCCUAAAUAAAAACCAUCUCUUCUCACCUCUACACACAAACCUCAUCUUCAAUUCUUCUUCACUAACUCAUCAAAAUGGCCACUACUACUCUACCUCUUGUUCUCAUUCUUCUCACUCUCAUUCCCCUCCUAACUCAAGCCCAAAAAGCACCUGCACCAGCACCUUCCGGUCCAAUAAACAUCACCGGAAUCCUCGAAAAAGGUAGCCAAUACACCUUCCUCAUUCAACUCCUCAAUGAAACUCAACAACUCAAUCAAAUCCAAUCCCAACUCAACUCAACUUCACAAGGCUUCACUAUCUUCGCCCCAACUGACAACGCCUUCCAAAACCUUCCAUCAGGAGCUAUCAACGAUCUUUCCGACGAACAAAAAGUGCAACUCAUUCUCUACCACGUGACACCUAAAUAUUACUCUCUUUCCGAUUUUCUAACCGUUAGUAACCCAGUUAGAACACAAGCUUCUGAUAAAGAUGGACCAUGGGGUCUUCGCUUCACUGCACAAGGUAACCAAGUCAAUGUUUCCUCUGGAGUUGUUAGUGAACCUAUUAACAACCCUUUGAGACAGAAGUUUCCUUUGGCUGUUUAUCAAUUGGACAAGGUUUUGUUACCUACCGAGCUUUUCGGUCCUAAAUCUCCAUCUUCUUCUCCGGCUCCUAAGUCGUCGAAAACUCCUUCUAAAACUCCGAGCAGCGCCACGGUUGAAGGUGGUGCUCCGGCUCCGGCGUCUAGGAAGAAGGAUGAUAGUGCGGCUGGAAGGAAUGGUGGGUUUGGAUUUGUUGUUGGGUUUGGUUUGAUUUGCAUGGCAGUUCUUACUUGAUGAGCAAGUUUUUAUAUUUAUUUUCAGUUUUAUGUACUUUUUUUUAUUUGUUCUUCUUUGUCUUGGGUUUGAUUUGAUAUGAACCUGGCUUAUUCUUUGUAUUUAAACUAUGUUUUUUUUCUUCUACAUGUAUAUGUAAUGCUUGUCUUACAUAUUUUGAAGGAUUUAAAUGGCA